UGAAGGAUUUCUUUUUGCUUGAUUUCGGUUAUGUGUUAUUUUUUCCCUGACAGAUUCUGCUCUUGAAAAGCAGUGCAGCGGUGGGGAUAGGCAACCAGAAACACAACACAACCACAAAGUCAACGGCAGAACAACACAAUUGACAGCUCAUUUUCGACAUUUUACCUGGCGAACCGUCAAUGUGCUGUCAAUUAUUGUUAAUUUAUGUCAAAAUUGGUGGAAUUUGCAAAAUAUUGAAAAUGUUUACGUGAAAAAGGUUUUGUUUUGAUUUUAUUUUAACCGUCGCUGGAUAUACCGACGAAAAGCCAAUUUAACAAAUGUGAAGUGUGUGAAAAUACUCUUUUUGGUAUUACCCAAUAAACAUGCUUCAGUUUUCUGAUUCUGAUUCAGAUUCUGAUAAAGGUAUACGCUAUAAGACAGAUAGCACCAGAAAUAAAAUAAAAAAUGGCUUAACCACAUCAAGCGGUACAGAUCAUCGAGAUUUUAGAACUAAGAGGCAUGAAAGCCACAGAAGACCUAUUGCAGAGGAGAGAUUCAAGAGACAGAGUAGGAGUAGUUCUAGAGAUGGCAAGCAUAGGCAUAAAAGUAAAAGAGAAAAGAGGUCAAGUACAAGAGACAGAAGCCCAAAAUCAGGGGGUAGUAUGAAAAGUGAUUCAUCUGUGUCUGCAAGGUAUAAAGAUGCUAAAACUACAAGGAGUCAAAAAGAAAGGUCACCUAGCAAGAGAAAGACAAACGAAUCUUAUACAAGCUCUAGUUUAGAUUCAAGAAAAUCGAGCAACAACCGGAUCUCAUGUACAAAUGAUGUAUCUGAUGAAAAAGGUCUAGAAAUGUCUAAAGAAGUAACAGGUAAAAAGGAGUCAAACGAUGUAAUAAAGGAAACAUAUACAACAUAUGAAGAUAACUUGUUUGGCCCAAGCUUACCACCUCACUUAAGAAUAGAUACAAGCCCCAAUUUCGAGCAAAAUAAGUCGAGUACUUUUGGGCAAAGCUUGGCUUCAUCAUCAGAAACAACAAAAGCAAGCAUUAUUAAGGAAGACAAAUACACAGACAGGUUAAGUAGAUCAAAUCUUGAACUUAUCUCAACCAAAGACUCGACUAGCAAUAUAGCUGAUUCAACAGAGGAUAUAUGUGGGCCUCUCCUGCCUCCCAAUAUCAAGAAAAAAGAUGUACAAGAGGGGUUAGAAGAAACAACCAAAGGGUUAGAUAGUUCAGUCAAUCAAUUUGGACCUGCAUUGCCCCCCAAACCAAUAUUAAAUAAUUCUAGUGAUCUUUCUGUUUCAAAUGCAGAUGAUUGUACAACAAACAGUGAAAUAAUUGGACCUAUAUUACCUCCACACAUGCAGACCAAGGAAUUACAAGGAAGUGAAGAUCUUUCAGAUGUAAAGGAAAGUAAAAAGAUAGAAAUGCACAUUGCUGGUCCAGCAUUACCUCCCCACUUGCAGAAAAAGCAGGAGUUAGAACCAGUUCAAAAGGUUGAAAUUGUUGGUCCUGCUUUACCUCCACAUCUGCAGAAAGACUCAAAUGAAGGAGUGAAGGUACUUGGGCCCACUCUACCACCACAUCUAAGGCAACAAUUGGAGGCAUCACAGGGUAACACAUGCAAUGAGGAAGAAGUUGAAAGUGAAGACGAUGGCGCAUAUGGACCAUUGCCACCAGGAAUGUCUGUUGGAAGGGCACAUGUGGAGUUGGAAGAAAGAGCCCUUCAAUUGAAAAUAGACCAACUGGGGCCAAAAGAUGAUCAGGAACCAAAGAGAGAGGUAUGGAUGUUAGAAUUACCUGAAGCUAAAGCUGCUAGUUUUGGGCUGGGCCCCAGGCAGUUUAGAGCUCGUGAGGGCCUUGAUAUGUCUGACAGAUCCUCAUGGACUACUACACCAAAAGAUGCAGCAAAAAACGUUCCAGAAGCUAAAGUUGAUCUUAAACAAGAGACGCAGCUGAGACAUAUGAAAGAAAAAGAUAAACAGCAGGAAGAAAUAGUAAAAUCCACAAAACGAACCAAGAAGAGUUUGCUAGAAAUACAUCAGAAGAAGCUCAUGAAAGACAAGAAAUCUGAGGAACCAGCUGAAAGGAGACCCUUUAGUAGAGAUAUUGAUCUACAAGUGAGACGACUAGACGAGGCACAGAAGAAAGCUGUAUUGAAAAGUGCACAGCUAUUGGACGACAAGUUUUCAUCGGGUCAAGCAAGAUAUCUAUAGACACUAAAGAGUAAUAUCGAAGAAGGAAAAUUUUAUAAUCGUACGCAGAUUAUACACAAGCAAGGACACAAAUUAUGUAACAGCUGUGGACAUUACUAGAAACCGAACACAGGACUUGAUUGCUGGAUAACCGUAUGAUAUUAUGUUCAAUUAAUUGAUAUCUUCAGUACUAACAUAAUAGAAAAGGCUGCCAUCACCUAAGUUCCUGACGCCGCGCCGCGGCGGCUUCGAAAACUUGGGUAAAAUUGAGAUUAUUCGCUGAACACCUAGUAUUUUUUUCUAAUAAAAAUAUCAUAGUUUUUGGUUCUGUAAAUAAUAAAAUAAACUGCAAACACAACAUAGUAUGAAACAAAUUAUGUCAUCUAGGUUAGGUACCCAAAACAACUAAUUAUGAAUCAAAAGUAAAAAAUAAGUUUUAAAUUUAACAAGAUCAAGUUAUUUUUAUUUACUAUGAACUUGAGAGAAAGGAAAAUAGGCGUCGCCGUCGGUGACUUUCGAACCCGCAUUUCCUCCAUUCCGUGAGGUCGGCCUAACCAAUUAGUUACAGCACCAGCUGCCAACCAACUUUCAUGAUCGACUGCUAGAGGCAAAUUCCUCGACAAAUUCAAUCCGACUCAUGACAAUUCCUUUAUUCUUUCAAGCUGCUUGAUGCCCCAUCUGACGGCGUUCAAGCGAAACAAACCGGAUUGGUAAUGUAUACCCUAUUUCACGAGUAUCUAUCACGCUUUGACGUCUACUGAGGUGAACAGCUGAUCAGCAAGUGAGAUUUUUGUGUUAGUCUGCAAAUAAUGGAUCGAGUAUAAAUCUAGUAAAUUUGUUUGUGGUGUUUUGUUUUUUCUAUGCAAAUAAACUUUUCUAAAUAAAAGAGCUGUUAGCAAGUACAAAAUGAAUCUGUAGCGUACAAAAAAGCAAAACAAAAUUCGGCUCUGUCUACCUGGCGUUCACGGAUCCGUCAGAAUUAUGUGUCCUGUGUCGAUAUGGGGAAUUUUGAGAUAUUACUAGAUAAUCAGCUGUCAUUCUACCGUGAUGGAUACUCGUGAAAAAGGGUAUAUCUCCUGUCGCUUUCUAGUUGGGAGGUCACUUUUGAAACACUUCUCCCGGUAGGCCUCCGGAGGCACCCUAAACUAAGACAAAUCCGGGGAUCCCGGAGGACAGCCCUAAACAUGGAUAGAAGUCGUACAAUUGAUUUGGUCAACAAAUGUUGAACAAUAAUGCACAAUAUGGUGAAAAUCAAUUUAUUUCUUUUUUGUAAUAAAAUUAUGCGAUUACGACCGCUUUUGGGUAUUUUUCAUAUUCUUAAGCUUAAUGCAUAAGAUAAUUCAAUUUGAGUACCAUGCGCCGAUGUAAUAUUUUUGUGUUACCAUCAUAGAACAUUAGGUUUUGUAAUUAUUAUCAGCAAAUAACCAGGCUUGCCAGCUGGAUCAAACAAAAUUCCCCCAGAACAAACACAAAAAUCCCUCAUAUUUGCAACUGUAUAAAAUGGAAAAUAAUAUAUUUUUCCAACGUAUUUAGACAAACGUAAAACUAUACGCGCAUUCGCUAUCACUUCGCCAUUUGACAUAAGACGAGCAAAUUCGUGCAAAAUCUCAGAGAAGACUAAUAAUCGUCUAGUUCUUUCUCCCAAACAACGCGUGCGAGGCACAGAUAUCAACCGGCCAGUUCACAACUUGUUAUUCUGUGUCUAUGACUGGAUGCAUGUGUACCAACCUACAAUUGCCAUAAAAAUGUAGAGAUGGGUCAGCCUAGAUGUUUUGUGGAGAUGGGUGCGACAUCGGGACAGAAAAAGCUACAGAAACAUAAUAUUGUUAUUUAGUAGUUGAGUUUUUCGUAGUUAAAGAUGAAAUAAAAUACCACAAAAAUACCUAACGAUUUUAUUUCCCCCCGAAAAAUCCCCCAGAACAUUUUAUCCCUAAGGGACGUAAAAUCCCCCAAUAUGGCAACCCUGUAAAUAACCACCAUACAAGGUUAAAUCGCAUAAGGGAUACACGUAGUCGUAUUAAGCCAAUCCUGCCGCCAAGGAGGGCGUAGAGCCUGCCCAGGGUUUACAGUCAUGAUGAUAGUAUCAGAGAUGCUACAUGCGCAAAACCUGAAAUUAGUUUCCUGCACAGAGUGCUUGCGAGAUAGCCCCACCUUCGUCGUCAACACUUGGCUUCACCACCACUCUAUGAGUUCAAUCCCCUUCCUUCGUGGAUCAAAUAUAGGUGAUUCCAUCACUGCUGAAUCCGGUGAACUUAUGGUUGACAGCUAAUGUGAUGACGUCAGCUAACGGUUCAUUUAAAUGAGAAAAUCUUAUCGUUGUUUUAUCGUGUUUGGAUAUUUGUUAAUUUGAGCUGCG